UCAGGUAAGUGUUUAGGUGGGACGGGGGGACUGCAUGCAGAAGGUUUUUUUACCUUAAUGCAUAGAUUGCAUUAAGAUGAAAAAACCUUUGGCCUUUAGAACCACUUUAACAGGUGUUUGGUUUAUUUCAGGGGUGUCCAAACUAUGGCCCUCCAGGUGAUGAGGAACUGCAAGUCCCAUGAGGCCUUGCAAGACUUUGACAUCCACAGGCAAGACACCCAGAGGCAGAGGUAUUAUGGGACUUGUAGUACUUUAACAGCUGGAGGGCCAUAGUUUGGACACCCCUGGUUUA